AUGCUGGAGGCGGCGGCCGAGCCGGAGCUGGACCCCGAGGACCUGGUGCACUUCUCGGUGGGCGAUUUGCCCAGCCGCGGUUACGGCGUGAUGGGCGAGAUCCGGCGGCAGGGCAAGCUCUGCGACGUGACCCUCAAGGUAGGAGACCAUAAAUUCAGUGCUCACCGGAUCGUGCUGGCAGCUUCUAUUCCAUACUUCCACGCCAUGUUCACCAACGACAUGAUGGAGUGCAAGCAGGAUGAGAUUGUCAUGCAAGGGAUGGAUCCCAGUGCACUUGAGGCUCUGAUCAACUUUGCCUACAAUGGUCACCUGGCAAUAGAUCAGCAGAAUGUCCAGUCUCUGCUGAUGGGAGCAAGUUUCCUUCAGCUGCAGAACAUCAAAGACGCUUGCUGCACUUUCCUCAGAGAGAGGCUUCACCCUAAAAACUGCCUGGGAGUGCGGCAGUUUGCAGAGACGAUGAUGUGUGCGGUGCUCUACGAUGCUGCCAACAGCUUCAUUCAUCAGCACUUUGUGGAGGUAUCCAUGUCCGAAGAGUUCCUGGCACUACCUUUUGAAGACGUCCUGGAGCUCGUUUCUAGGGAUGAGCUCAACGUGAAGUCUGAAGAGCAGGUGUUUGAAGCUGCGUUAGCCUGGAUACGGUAUGACCGAAACCAGAGAGAGUCGUUCCUACCCGAGCUCCUGUCCAAAAUCCGCCUACCCCUUUGUCGACCUCAGUUUCUCACUGACCGCGUGCAACAAGACGACCUGGUUCGUUGCUGCCACAAAUGCAGGGAUCUAGUUGAUGAGGCAAAAGAUUACCACCUCAUGCCAGAGCGCCGGCCACACCUCCCGGCGUUCAAGACCCGUCCUCGGUGCUGUACGUCGAUCGCAGGAUUGAUUUAUGCUGUUGGAGGACUUAACUCAGCAGGUGACUCGCUGAAUGUGGUGGAAGUCUUUGAUCCCAUUGCCAACCGCUGGGAGAAGUGCCAGCCGAUGACAACGGCCCGGAGCCGAGUCGGCGUUGCGGUAGUGAACGGACUGCUCUAUGCCAUCGGCGGCUACGACGGUCAGCUGAGGCUGAGCACUGUGGAGGUUUACAACCCGGAGAUGGAUUCGUGGUCCAAGGUGGAAAGCAUGAACAGCAAGCGAAGUGCCAUGGGAACAGUGGUGCUGGAUGGCCAGAUCUACGUAUGUGGCGGAUACGAUGGAAACUCAUCCCUCAACUCCGUGGAGUCCUAUUCUCCAGAAACAAACAAGUGGACAGUGGUGACCCCCAUGAGCUCCAACCGCAGCGCCGCUGGAGUCACCGUCUUCGAGGGCCGGAUCUACGUGUCGGGAGGGCACGACGGCCUACAGAUCUUCAACAGCGUGGAAUACUACAACCAUCACACGGCCACCUGGCACCCGGUCGCCAGCAUGCUCAACAAGCGCUGCCGCCACGGAGCAGCCUCGCUAGGCAGCAAGAUGUUCGUCUGCGGAGGCUACGAUGGCUCGGGCUUUCUCAGCAUCGCCGAAGUCUACAGCUCCAUGGCGGAUCAGUGGUACCUGAUCGUCCCUAUGAACACCCGGAGGAGCCGCGUCUCUCUGGUUGCAAACUGUGGCCGUCUCUACGCGGUGGGGGGUUACGAUGGACAGUCCAACCUCAGCUCGGUAGAAAUGUAUGACCCGGAGACAAACCGCUGGACGUUCAUGGCCCCAAUGGUGUGCCACGAGGGAGGGGUUGGCGUGGGCUGCAUACCCCUCCUGACCAUCUGAGAAGAAAGCGGGUCGGGGGGCCGUCUUUUCAAUGACAAUCUAGGGAGAGAGGUUCAAAGAGUGUUUCAUGAUGCGAUAGACGCAGAGGUAUGUUUCCAGGUGCUCAAGUGUCAUUUACAAACACACACACACACAAAAAAACUUGACAAAACAAUCCCCACCCUUGGCUUUUUGGGCUGAGGCUCUCAAAAGAUCAAACGUUUUGAAAUACAUUUACGUGCUGCUGCGAGCAAGGACCUGCCCCCUUCCCUCCGCCACACGUUCGCCUUUGCUCGGAGCUGUGGCUAAGCGAAUCCUUCCUCUCACCGUUGGUUUUCCAAACAGCCUUGCGAUCUGCUUUCCGCUGCAGCCUUGGGAAGUGCCGUUGUAGGCUGGGGGGAGGGUGGCAGGCUUAAUUGCGACAUAAAAACGGCCACUUUAAUGACUUUGAAAAUACGUCUGCGCCUUCUGUCAGCAGCAAAGUGACCCCGAUACCCCGAGGCUUCGGUGAGUGGCGAUGUUUGGGUGUCGUGGUGGCUUGCCUGCUGGGCACAAACAGAUCUCGCCCCAUUUAACGAAACAGAAAAAACCCGCUGGCGUCGGUACCCGGACCACAUCCAGGCUCUGUGUUUUAAGGUGCUUCUUACACAAGACAUCUCUGGCUUUUCAAAGCCGAGCUGUGCUUUCUUCAGCUCGAUGGGGAAAACUUCUCCACAAGAGCCGCGUGAUGGAGAAACUAGGAAGAGGAAAACUGGUCGGUUAAACCAUCGAAUGGUUUUAGCAAUCUUUGGAGGAGAAGGCUGAACGUAAAUGACACUAAGCAACAGUCUUAGGAUUUCAAAAUGGGAAAUA